AUGGGCCACAAGACUGGAUAUAAGAAUGCUCAGGCUACCGCUUACGUCGUAGCCAAUAGCUCAAAAGCAGCUGCAGCGGUACUGCCAGUUUUGGAGGGGUAUGUGCCUCCCCAGAGGACUUGGAAAACUUACCUGUGGUCAACUCUGGACGUGUCGAGAGAGGAGGCAGUGUUUCUGACAAAGCUGGAUGUGACUUUGAUCACUUCUGCGGCGCUGGGUGUGAUGAUUCGUUAUCUUGAUCAAGUCAAUAUCACAAACGCCUUCAACAGUGGCAUGAAAGAAGAUCUCAAUCUGUACGGCAACGAGCUCAACUACGCCAACGCUUUCUGGUCCGCCGCCUACGUGAUCGGGCAAAUUCCCAGCAACCUUAUACUCACCAGAGUCAACGCUGCGAGAUACAUCGCCUUUGUUGAGCUUGCUUGGACGGCCUUCACCUUUGGGACUGCAGGAGUUACAAAUAUCAAAACGCUCUACGCCUUGAGAUUCUUUGUGGGGUUCUUCGAAGCAGGUCAUUUCCCAGCGGUCAUGUAUGUCUGCUCCAGCUACUACAAACCCCACGAACUCGCCCGCCGAAAUACUCUGAUCCAGAUAUUCGUCUCUGUCGGACCGCUCUUUUCGGGAUUCUUGAUGGCUGAAGCCUAA